GCUGUUCAUUCAGUAUCAGUAGACAGUAACCGAUUGAACGCCAUCAAAACCAGACGCAUUUAACUGAGCGCGAUUAUAAGACUCCUGUCGCUAUGUCGCGCGUUUUUCAACCUUCGGCUCACGUAGUCGGGAAGUCGAGAUUGCCAUCGUUUGAUAAAUACAAAGAGAUGUACAAAAAGGCACUCGACAAUCCGGAGGAGUUUUGGUCGGAAAUAGCCAAGGAAUUUUAUUGGCAGACGCCGUAUCAGCCAGGAAAAUUCGUCUCCUAUAAUUUUGAUAUAACGAAGGGUGAAAUUUUUGUGAAAUGGAUGGAAGGGGCCGUCACAAAUAUUUGCGUAAACCUCCUCGACAGGAAUAUAGAAAAGGGGCACGGAGACAAGAUCGCGUAUUAUUGGGAAGGAAAUCAUCCGGAUGACUACAGUCGCAUAACAUAUAGGAAGCUGAAAGAUCUCGUAUGUCAGUUCGCAAAUGGCUUGCGAUCUCGUGGCGUAGGGAAGGGAGACCGAGUUUCCAUCUAUAUGCCGAUGAUAUUGGAGACGGUUGUCUGUAUGCUUGCCUGUGCUAGGAUUGGAGCCAUCCACUCCGUUGUAUUUGCAGGUUUUUCAUCGGAUUCAUUAGCUGAACGGAUGUCGGACUGCAAGGCUAAAGUGCUGGUGACGUCAGACGGAGCAUGGAGGGGUGAAAAGCUGCUGAUAUUAAAAAAAACCUGCGACGAGGCUUUAGAAAAGGCAAAAACAAAACACGAUCAUACAGUGGAAACGUGUAUCGUUGUGUCGCACCUCGCAAAAGCGUCCCCUUGCGGCAAGUUAGGAGAUAUCAAAUCUUUGUACGACUGGAACGAUGAUAUUGACGUGUGGUGGCAUGAACUUAUUGAGGAUCAAUCUAAUGAUUGUAAACCCGAAUGGAUGGAUGCAGAAGAUCCCCUUUUCAUGUUAUAUACAAGUGGCUCAACGGGCAAGCCAAAAGGAGUACUGCAUACAACAGCAGGCUACUUGCUAUACGCGGCUACAACAUUUAGAUACGUCUUCGACUACCAGGAGAAUGACAUCUACUGGUGUACAGCUGAUGUGGGCUGGAUCACCGGACACACUUACGUUGUGUAUGCGCCCCUGGCCAAUUGUGCCACGUCGGUUAUGUUUGAAGGUUCGCCAUUUUAUCCGGACAACGAUCGCUAUUGGGAAGUGGUCCAAAAGUACAAAGUAACCCAAAUGUACACUGCACCAACAGCCAUCAGAUCCCUGAUGAAAUUCGGAGUGGAAAACGUCACAAAACAUGACCUGAAAUCUCUACGAGUAUUGGGCAGCGUGGGUGAACCAAUAAAUCCCGAGGCAUGGCACUGGUAUUACAACCUGGUGGGCAGUGGACGCUGCUCAAUCGUGGAUACCUUCUGGCAGACCGAAACUGGCGGCCACGUGCUGACAAGUCUGCCUGGAGCGACACCUAUGAAGCCUGGAGCUGCUGGAUUUCCAUUCUUCGGUGUUGCCCCAACAAUUCUGGAUGACAACGGAAAAGUUAUAGAAGGACCUGGGGAAGGGUACUUGGUAUUUUCCCGACCUUGGCCGAGCAUUAUGAGAACUCUUUUCGGAAACCAUGACCGCUAUCAGAGUGUCUACUUUUCCAAAUUCCCGGGAUAUUACUGCACUGGAGAUGGCGCACGGCGUGACGAAGACGGUUUUCUUUGGGUAACAGGACGUAUUGAUGACAUGCUCAAUGUUUCUGGACAUCUCAUGUCCACAGCAGAAGUGGAGAGUGUCCUUACCGAAGAUUCCCGUGUCUCAGAAGCAGCUGUCGUAUCCAGGCCACACCCUCAAAAGGGCGAAGCACUGCAUUGCUUCGUAAUCCUCAACGCCGGAGUCCACCCUGACCCAUCAAUCGUAGCCGCCCUUAAAAAGCACGUUCGUGCGAGAAUCGGCGCUUUUGCAGCACCAGAUGCAAUACAGUUUGCCCCAGGUCUCCCAAAAACAAGGUCCGGGAAGAUCAUGAGACGCAUUUUGAGGAAGAUUGCGGUUGGCGAUACAGAUAUUGGGGAUACAUCGACCCUCGCCGAUCCAUCCGUUGUAGAUCAACUCUUUGCGAGUAAACCCUAAACAUUUGUUUCUUAAAUUGCCGAUUACAGCCAACCGCUGCUUCUUUAACGUGAAAGAAUUUUAAACCGCAAUUUAAUUUCAAACUUUGUUGCUGUCACUUACAGAAAUGCGCAGGUAAUCAUUAAGGCUUAGGCAGUAUUGCUAACCUGAUUUAGCGUCAUUGAUAUAGGCUGUAUCAGCGUUGAGAAUGAGAAUAGAAAGAGAAAGUUACUCUAAAGAUUUACCUGCUUUUGUGCAAGAGAGUAUGAAUAGUCACUGGCUGUAAGUGGUUUACUAGCAAUUUCGAAGGUUCGAUUUCUGUUAUAUGAAAGAGUAGGUAACAAUUUUUAAAACGGACGGUUUAAGAUCUUAAUAGGUAGCUUUGGUUUCGUCAAAGACAAAAUGCAUUUCUUCGCAUUUUUUAUGCAUUUUCAACACGGUCCGGAACCUUUUACGUGUUGUUUAUAUAUAUAACUUUAUUUCUAACAGUCCCAUUGAGAACAAAUUUAGCAAUUGGGAGCGUAAACUUACCAUUGCAUAAGUCGCCUAUUUAGAUCCUGCUGUUAGGUAUUUUAAUAUUAUUAUAAAUGUUAUAGAAUCUGGCUAAGAUUCUACUUUUAAUAUAUAUUUAUAUUACUUGGAAACACAUUCCAUAAUUCAAAUCUGGUGUUUAAAGUGUUUUAAUAAAACACGUGCAACCAAAAACUAGUACUGUUGUAACAUAGUUUUAAGUAAAAUAAUGUGGAAAUAAUGAUUUAAUUUGUUAGUCGUUUCGUGUGAUAUUCAAUGGUUUAGCACAAGCAAAUGUUUAUUUUAAUAAAUGUUAUUAUUUUCGUGUUAUUAUAAAAUUAUAAAUGAAAAUGUCAACAAUACUUUUACAUUAUACUUUUAUAUAACGAAAUUAUUAAUUAUAAUUAUGUAACUUGCUUAGGUCAAGCUUAGCCCAUCAGCAGAGCAAUCUGGGCCUACAUACCGAUUUCCUUGACGUAGCAAAACCCUGGAUUUAACAUUAAUAUUCACACGGUCUAGCCACAUUUUAUGGAUAAGAGUCCAACAAACAUUUUUUACUUUAUUGACACUUGAGUAGAAUAUGUAGAAGUAGAACACUGUGUAAAUUUAUUUCCCUGCCUUGGUUUAUCUAUAUAACUCAAUCAGUCUGUAAAGAAGUGUUCACGAUAAAAGAAAAUCCAUUUAAAACUUUAGUAUUAAUGUGUUGUGACAGCACUUCUUUAACAUGUCGAUGCACAAUAUAGGUGUCUAUAUAAAAUUAAAUUAGAUUGUCCUAUAGUUAGACAGUAUAUAACUCUGUUUGGAACUGAAUAUUUUAAACAAUUAAUAUUUCGAUGCUAUACCUAAUUUCUAUGGGGGUAGAGUGACUAAUUCAAAUCUUAUACAGUAAUUUUAAAAAUUGGAUACGUCGCGUGUAUAUGAGAGAGAUUAAAUUUUUUUAUUGUUUUCACGCACAUUAUAAUUUAUAAAAAACACAAAGCUAGCUACGUGGAGUCAACUGAAUUAAAUGCUUUUAAUUAUUAUGUUGUAUUAUUAAGGGCAAUUUUAGUUUACAAUUACCCACAUAACUCCUUUUUAAAUUAUAAUCUAUGAUUAAAGAUACUGUGACGAAUAGGCAUUGAGGAAUAAAUUCCGAAAUUUCAGUUAUAAAUAUACUGAAUGUUUUUUAAGGGAUUUGUUUUUAUAUUCUCAAAUUGGUUAAGGUUUUAUUUUCUUGAUACUUAUUAAUAUAUGCACAAACUAAACAAUAAAAAUGAAUACAUGGUCGUAUUACGUUAGUUACAUUUAUUAUUGCUGAAAAUUGUUAUUUGCCGAAAAAUGGGUUGAGUUAGAAGUUCUUUUACAAAUAAUAAUCUUAAAUGUUAUCUAGUAGACUAUAAGUGUUAGUGGUAUACGUCGCUUAAUCUGGAAAGUUUUUAUAAAGAAUAGUGAUUAAAAUAAUCUCACUUUAGAGUUGUUGGCAGCACUGUUGACUGUAGCAUAAAUUUUGUUUAUAGUAAAAAAAUCCGAUCGUAUUCUAUAAAAAUAUGUGUGGAAUUAUUAAGUGUGUGUGCAAUUGCAAGAUCUAUACCAAUGUUACAUGUAGAAAGACAUUUUGAAACUUGAAUAUGUAGUUAAAUUUAACCGAAAUAUAAAACGGAGGCUUUUCAAACUUUUGCUAAAGAGUGGUGCUAUCUAUCCAUUCUCUUCGAUAUAUUAAGAGUGAAAAAUUAUGAAAUGGGUAUACUCAUUUAACCGCACUAUUGUCUAUAUAAAGGCUGAAUUUUCAAACGAUGGUUCUUCUCCUAACUUAAAGAAAUUCCGAUUGAAAAAACAGCCAAAUUAGUAACUUUAAUGUGAUCGUGUAACGGACAUAUCAUUAAAGGUGAUAUUAUUAAAUACAA